UACAGUUUUUUCUUGCUUCUCUGCUAGUUUUAAUUGCCUAGAGGUUAUCUUAAAUAUCCAGUUGAUUAGCACAUAGAGAUUGUCACUGAUAAGAUUAAGAAAUAGAACAGUAUCAAACAAUUACUAUUUAAUUGUGUACAUCUACUUGAGGACUUCUUACACAAUUAAUUCUUUUUCAAUUUUCUCCAUUCUUCCUUCUUGGGUUUACCUGAUUCCUCUGUAACACUAUACUUUCAUUUAAGUGGAAUACCAGUUGUUAGAGAAGUAGAUAUCCGAUUUCUAAAUUCAGUUUACAGGUGCACCCAGAUAGGAUCACUUCACAUGGAUUUUCUAUGAUCUAUGCAUUUCUGAAUUAUUAAAUUGCUUCUGGGAAAAAAAAUAAUUAAAAUAAGACAAAGUGCAAAAAAAAUAUGUGUGAGUUUCUUCACCACUAAUUGACUGCAAUAAAAGAAGCUCUAGUUUGUCAAUUUUUAUUUCUGUGGAGAGGUGUUUCUUAAGAGAACACCCAGCAUUUAACAGCAUACCAAUGAACCACGGUUUUAGAAGACUCUUCAAUGCUUUCAAUUUUUUAUUCUUUUCUCCUCUCUAAACAAUAAUAAUUCUAUCUUCAACAGUUUUAUUGUGUCUUGUUGUCAUGUUUUAUGAGGUAGCUAUUUCUACAAACAUUUUACUCAAAGCACAGUUCUAUAUAUUGAAUGAAGCUCACACCACAGGUAUGGGUAAAUCGGUUAUAAAUACUGCAUUCUUAUUGGCUGGUAGUGUCAACAUCAUUUGUCAGUGACCACACAGGUGUUCUGUAAUCACUAUAGAUACCCUGUAGACCUUGAAGCAAAUCAGAUCCGCAGUCCCUGUUAAUCAGAGCACAGGUUGUUGGCACCCCAAGACCUCUAGUGAGACAUGAUGCUUACUCCUGAAAGUAUUCAAAAUUUAGUCACCUUUAGAGACAUUGAGUUCUAUAGGAGACAGCAGCUUGCCUUACACUUCCGUCUCAAGGCAAUGAUUGCCCAAUCUAAACACUCUGGGGGGAAGUCAGACUUUCAAGACCAAACGACUAUGACAAGACUGUUUGUCAUCUGUCCUAAAGACUUUAAUGACGAAGACCUACGCUCAAAGUUUGAGAGCUUUGGUGACAUUGAGUAUGUGCAGAUUGUGCGUGAUCACAAAACUCGAGAAAACAAAGGCUACGGUUACGUGAAAUUCCACAAGUCUUCAACAGCGGCUAUGGCACUUGAGAACUGUGAUAAGUCCCUGAAGGCAGUGUGGGCAGAACCCAAGUCUCAUAAGAUUGCACGGGAUGCAGCCGCUGUAGCGAGUGCCACGCCAGCCUUUGGCGUACCUCUCAACCCUUUUCUUGAGCCGGCCAUGUUCCCAGCAGCCGCUAUUCCACAGCCCACUGUCCAGCCGGCCAUGCACCAGCAAGCUCUGGACUUCUUCUCAAACCAGACCCAAGUCAACCCGGCCGCCGCACAGGUAGCAGAGUCCAUCGCCAACUCGCACACGCCCAUGCGACUGUUCGUCAUCAUCUCUACAGCCGUCACGCAGGAGCAGGUAGUUCGCCUCUUUGACAUCAUCCCGGGCAUGCAGGUAUGCGAUCUGAAGCGCAAUUACAACACGGGAGAGUCCAAGGGGUUCGCAUAUGUCACCUAUAACAGCGUUGGCUCUGCUAUUUACGCCAAGGAAAAGCUCAAUGGCUUUGAAUACCCACCGGGCAAUAAAUUAGUGGUAAAGUUCGCCGAGGAUCCGCCAAGCGGUCGACCGGGUGGCAAUGACACGAGCAUGCAGCACAUGUAUGACUCGAAGAGUUCUUUGCCAAGUAUGGCGGGGUUCAGCAUUGAUGGUAGCCCUGUGUACACGACUGCCGCACUGCCCGCCCCGGCCCCCCUCGCCGAUCAGAAUGCGGACGUCGCGUCGCGUCUGUUCAUCGUGUGUAAUCCCGCGCCCCCGCCGGACCACGUGCUAAAGGACGUCUUCAGCAGGUUCGGCAACCUGAUCGACGUGUGGAUGAUGAAGGAGAGGAACUUUGGCUACGCGAAGUUCGCGGCCAAGCAAUCUGCCGAUGCCGCAAUACAGGGUUUGCACGGUCACGAUGUCCUGGGCAUGAAGCUCAAGGUGAUGCUCGCCGAUCCACCGCGGAACGAGUCAUCAAGAAAACGCCCCCGCACGUAAACAACACCCGCGUCACCCAAGGUAAUGUACAUAAACGCGCUGGAAGUUUGCGCUACUACGUACAUAGCGGACAACGGCACGAACUGCACAAUGCGUAAUAAAAGAACUCAAAUGAUCACACCUGGUCCCAUGAACUGACAACACACAUUGCGCCCCCUCUUGACAUGACGGAGUGGAAUGGACUACACGGAACAGCGGACGUGCUCUAACGCGAACUGCUUGUCACUUCCACUCCCACGAUAACAACGCAUUGGACGGAAUGGAUUUGGGAAAGGAACGGAACAGUACCACCCUAACGUUGGACUGAACGGAGUGAAGAUGACGAACCGGCGAACAUACCACAAACAUUGGACAUAACAUGGAGAGGGGCGAGGGACAUGUUCUUAACAAUAAGUAUUGGGAUCUAAGUCAUUAGACCUAGUACGCAGUGCCAUUCUAGUUCUUUCAUUAGAGACAAGAGCUUCUUUAUUGCUCCCUACUGACAGGGAAGUGUGUGGGAAAAGUGGUGGAAAAGUGGUGGAAAAGCAUGAUUGUGUAGAGGGCGAAGGUAGACUCUCCGGCUAAAUCCGGUACUUUCCAAUUUGAGACAUUUAUAAGGUCGAUUUCUUUAAAAGUGAGUUCAUAUUUGUUUUGUAGAAAGCAACUGCUAUAUAAUUUUAUUGAAAUAUGAAUGGUCGAAAUAUUUUUCUUUCGGCAAUCUCAAAAUUUCAGAAAUGUUUGAUGUUAAAAAAUGCAGCUAUUAUUCCGCUCGCAAUAAAGUUCUUGUUAUUAAAA